GUGUAACAGCCUGUGGAAGUGUCGCUGUGUCGCUCUGCGUGCUGGGCUCCUUAUCUGUCUUCCGCCAUCCCUCUUCCAGGACAGUCAUCCCAGCCCUUUCUUCUUGGUUGCCACUCUGCUCUUCCUAGAGGGAACUCGCAUAACCUCUUUGCUGGGAGCAUCCUUGCCAGAGGAGCAUCCUCAUUCAUACAGUCCUCUCACUAUUCCUCAUCAGCUGGCUCUCCAGCAAAGAGACAUCAUCUGGUUGUUGCAGUAUGACCUUCCACUAACCCUUUCGGAAGAAGCAAGUCUUUACCAGCUGUUACCCAUGUGCAUACUUUUCUUCAAGUUUGAUCCUCGUCCAGUUUCAAAAAAUGCAUACAGACUUAUUCUAGCAGCUAAUAGAGAUGAAUUUUACAACAGACCAUCAAAAUCAGCAGACUUUUGGGAUAGCAGCAAUGAGAUCCUUAGUGGUUUGGAUAUGGAGGAAGGAAAAGAAGGCGGGACGUGGCUUGGAAUCAGUAAGAAAGGCAAGAUGGCUGCCUUGACAAACUACUUGCAGCCGCAGAUUGAUACAAAUGCAAAGGGAAGAGGUGCACUUGUAAGAAACUUCUUGACUACAGAUCUGGACAGCUUCUCUUACUUGAAGAAAGUUUCAUCAGAAGGACACCUUUACAAUGGAUUUAAUUUAAUAACAGCCGACUUGAGCACCGCCAAGGGAGAUGUAAUUUGCUACUAUGGAAACAAAGGAGAACCAGAACCUAUCUUCCUAAAUGCUGGAAUCUAUGGAUUGAGUAAUUCUCUGUUGGAUACUCCAUGGAAGAAACUUCAGUAUGGAAAGCAGCUUUUCAUAGAGGUGAUCAAGCACAGUCAGGACCUUGCCAAAGAAGACCUGGUGCAGGAGCUCAUUAAAGUGCUGAAUAAUCAAGACCCUCAGCUACCGGAUCCUGCAUUGGAGGAUCAAGGAAAGGAGCAUGUGCAACAUGUACUGAACGAAUAUGCAGCUUUGUGUGUUCGUUGCCCGGGAUAUGGAACAAGGACUAAUACAGUCAUUCUCAUUGAUGCAGAAGGACAUGUAACUUUCACAGAGCGCACCAUGCUCAAUGCAGAUAUCAACCAAUGGAAAACAAGCACCUAUCAGUUCAAACUGGAAACUUAACAACUUUCCAUUUGAAUGGAUCAUGAUAAAAGAAACAAGAGAACAAGCCAUUGAACUCCACUGAAGGCUUUGUACCAGUCUCCAGCACCCAAAGAUGGAGAGGAAAAGCUUAUUAAAUCCAUAGCAUACCCUAGAAACUACCAAAACCUUUUGCACAAAACCAAGGAAAGAAAGGUUUUACAGUAAAAUUUUGGCUGGAUUAAAAAUGUGUUGCUUCUUGUGAAAAUCUUUGCUUUAAGUUUAAAGGGACACAGUUUAUUUUCUAGGCAUGAUUAUUAAACUAUAUUGUUAGUGUCUAGGGGAUUGGUCCUACAAGGUAUUGAGUGUUUCUUACGAGGCGCUAAGUGUCCUUAGCUCCUUUUGAUUUCAAUCAGAGCUGAAGGUAUGCAGCACUUUGGAAGAUCAAGUCCUAUGUUGUUAAAGUUCAAAGAUUUUCAGAAUUUAACUUAAACCUUCAGAAUCAAUUGUGAUAACUUUUCGCACUUCACUCCACUUGGACAAAGACAAACUAGUCAGAUGCACAUUUAUUUAUGGUUGAUUUCUAGUCACUUUGUGAACUGGCACAACUAUGUAAUGUGACUUCUGGAAAUGAUCCCUAGGAAUGGUAGUUAUGUGAAUUAUAAAAAAAAAUUCCAUUGGAAUUUUACAAAAAGAAACAUUUCUAUUGAUCUUAGAACAUAAAGUUUUUAGAAAAUCUGUCUCUGCCUUUUCAACAUAUGUUUGUAGGGCAGGGGUGGGCAAACUAUUUGUCCCAAGGGCCACAUCAGGAUUGCACAACUAUAUGGAGGGCCGGGUAG